GUAUCAUGCGUGACCACAUCGACUGCUGCCUACCUCACUAAAGCUGUUUAAGGUGGCCGCAAUAGCUGGCAGAUCGCAGUGUCUUGGUCUGUGUGGCAGUCUGUGAGGCCUGGGUACCUCCCCAGAGGUCCUACUUUCAUCUUUUUGGGGCCCCUCAACACACAUGUUAAAUUAGAGAAUAAAGAGGAGCCUGAAUCUGUUUCUUGGGUGUCUUGUGAGUGCCAGAAAAUAUAUCUGGAAGCUUUAGAAGAAAGAAGGCCUUAGGAUAUGGUGUCUACGUUUCCUUCCAUGGAACCCCACUGGUCUUUACUUGGAAACAGGAUCAUACCCUCACAAGAGAUCUUCCUCAGGCUGAAAAGAAGGUGUUGAAGGGCUGGGACUUGAAUGCAGGGGUCACAUGCAAGGAGCCUGUCCUCCUGCUCCCCGGUGUGCACUGGCCAUGAAGAUGAUCCCAUGGAAGAGAUUCUGCCGGCAUUAUCACAUGUGGGUUCUGGGCUUUUACAUGGUGCUGGCCAUUGUUGCUUUGAGACUUUCUCUCAGACUGAAGUGUGACUUUAAUCAACUGUAUUUGGACUCCAAGGAACUUCCCACUCAGUACUGUAGGAAUAUCGUGUACAGAUCCCUGAAGUUGCCGGCAAAGAGGUCCAUCAACUGUUCGGGGAUCUCCAGAGGAGACCGGGAAGCAGUGACCCAGGCUGUCCUGAAUAACCUGGAGGUCAAGAAGAAGCGGAAGCCUUUCUUGGACGCUGACUAUGUCACUAUGGCCGGAGACUGCGAAGACUUCAAGGCCAAAAGGAGGUUUGUGCAGUUCUCACUGAGCAAAGAAGAGUUAGACUUCCCUAUCGCAUACUCCAUGGUGGUUCACGAGAAGAUCGAAAACUUUGAGAGGCUGCUGCGAGCUGUGUAUGCACCUCAGAACAUAUACUGCGUCCAUGUGGACGAGAAGUCUCCAGAAACAUUCAAAGAGGCGGUCAGGGCGAUUGCUUCGUGCUUCCCAAAUGUCUUCAUAGCCAGCAAGCUAGUUCGAGUGGUUUAUGCUUCCUGGUCCAGGGUGCAGGCCGACCUGAAUUGCAUGGAGGACCUACUGCAGAGCUCAGUGCCAUGGAAAUACCUGCUGAACACCUGCGGGACAGACUUUCCUAUAAAGACCAAUGCCGAGAUGGUCCGGGCCCUUAAGAUGUUGAACGGGAAAAACAGUAUGGAGUCAGAAAUACCAAGUGAAUACAAAAAAACCCGCUGGAAGUAUCACUAUCUGGUGAAGGACACCUUGUACCUGACCAACAAGAAGAAGGACCCUCCCCCCAAUAACGUAACCAUGUUCACUGGCAAUGCCUAUAUUGUGGCUUCUCGGGACUUCGUUCAUCACGUCUUAAAUAACCCCAAAUCCCAACAACUGAUUGAGUGGGCCAAAGACACCUACAGUCCCGACGAGCACCUCUGGGCCACCCUGCAGCGUGCCUCCUGGAUGCCCGGCUCUUCUCCUUUGCACCCCAAGUACGACAUCUCGGACAUGACCUCCAUCGCCAGGCUGGUCAAGUGGCAGGAACACGAGGGAGACGUCAGCCGGGGGGCUCCUUACGGACGUUGCUCCGGAAUCCACCAGCGCGCCAUCUGUGUUUAUGGGGCUGGGGACCUGCACUGGAUGCUGCAGAACCAUCAUCUGCUGGCCAACAAGUUUGACCCGAAGGUGGACGAUAAUGUUCUCCAGUGCUUAGAGGAGUACCUCCGGCACAAGGCCAUCUACGGGGUUGGGCUGUGAGGCACGCUGCAGAGUGCUGCCCAGGGAGGCGGGUGUGCAGACACGCCAGAGCCUGGGUGUGGGGGACCAGGGCUCUGGACUCCGUGGCACCCCUAGAAGAAGGGGGCUGCAGAUGUGGGUAAGUAGCUCUGCUGCCUGGCAACGUGCUGCCCUGCAGCAGCUGGACGUUGCCCCACCCCUCUCUUCAUAGUUCCUGCGCUGACUUCCUCAGGGGGAAUGAGGGCAGUUGCUGUUUGAGAGAGUGAAGGAGGCAGAGGGCUCCGGGCUUCAGCUGAAUGUCUGCUGUCAGGUUUUCAGCUCCGCGGAGCUAUGUUCCUGAUAAUUCUAGCCUUGGUAAUGGCGGAGGCUUUAAAGGAAAGAAAGAGCCUUCACUUUGCUGCUGUUAACUUAAAAAUAAAUAGCUUCUGUUCAAA